AUGUAUAAGACGACAACGAUGAUUCAGAACCCCCCUUUUCUCUUUUUGCCUGAAACUUUUGUUGCCAGUUCUUAUUCUAUUCAUCGUUACCGGUGCCACAUUGUACUUGCUGCUUCGUGUUUUCUGAGAGCCUCCGACAACACUCGGCCAAUUAUGGUAGCUUGGUCAGCGCGACCGCUUCUCGCCGGCCUCUCUAUCGUGGCGACUUUCCUGGCGCCUUGCAAAGCCAGCAGAAGGAGGAUCCCUGGCGCCUACAUCGUCGAGUAUCAAGAUGGCCAUAAUUCGGCGAGCGUCGUGGCUGCCAUGGGCACGCAUCUGGACCAUGUUCGUGCCCACUUCAACUUUGCUCAUUUCAAGGGCGUGUCCAUUCAGGUUAAUGACAGCAUCGAAGCCCGAAGCGCCGCCUAUGGCAUGUCCAGCACGGCCAGCGAGGCCAGCGCGGCCAAGAAUAUAUGGCCCGUGUACGCCUAUGACAGACCCGUCUUAAAUGCCACUCUAGCGGCGCCCUUUGCUCGCCGUGCCCGUGACGACACAUACACCCCUCACGUCAUGAUGCAGGUUGACCAGCUCCGUGCUCUUGGCUUCGACGGCAAGGGUGUCAAAGUAGCGGCCAUUGACUCCGGUGUCGACUACAAGCACCCUGCUCUCGGUGGCUGUUUUGGUACCGGCUGCAAGGUCUCAUUUGGCUACGACUUUGUCGGCGACGCCUACGGCAACGACAGCAACGAGCCCAAACCCGACGACGACCCCAUGGACUGCGGCACGCACGGCACGCACGUUUCGGGCAUCCUCGUCGCCGACGCCAACGACCAGGGCUUCACCGGUGUCGCGCCUGGCGUCACCUUUGGCAUGUACAAGGUCUUUGGCUGCUCCGGCGGCACCCGUACCGACAUCCUCAUGGCCGCCGCUGCCCGCGCUGCUGAAGAUGGCGUCCAGGUCCUCAGCUGCUCCGUCGGCGGCACAUACGGCUGGUCCGAUGACGGCUUCGCCUACCUGCUGAGCAAGCUGGCGCGGGACAAGGGGAUCGUCGUGGCCGUCGCCGCGAGCAACGAGGGCAGCAAAGGCGCGUUCUAUCCCUCGGCGUCGUCGAACGGCGAUAGCGUAAAUUCGAUUGGCUCCGUGGAUCUGGAGGGCAAGGACGGCACUGGAGGCACGCCCAGCGCAUUUUCGUCCUGGGGGCCGACGAUGGACAUGGAGUUUAAACCCCAGUUUGCGGGGCCGGGCCUGGAUAUCCUGUCGACGCUGCCAGGCGGCAAAUAUGGCAAGUCCUCGGGCACGUCCAUGGCGGCGCCCAUGGUGGCCGGGGUCAUGGCCCUGCUCAUCCAAGCCCUGGGACCGAUCAAGCCGGAGCGCAUGCAGCAGCUUCUGGCCGCCAGUGCCAAGCCUCUCAACUUCAGCGACGGCUCGCAAAGCCGUCCUGUACUGGCGCCGGCCGCGCAGCAGGGCGCCGGCCUCGUGCAGGCCAUGAACGCGUUCCGCAGCACCACGCGCAUCGCGCCCUCGAGCCUGUCGUUCAACGACACCGACCACAUGCGACCAAUGUACAAUGUCACCGUCACAAACGCCGGCAACGCCACCGUCGGCUACCACAUCUUCGUGCGCCCCGCCGUCUCCCUCUACGUGCUCGCCAGGAACAGCUCGUACCCGUCCGCGUUCCCCAACGACCAGACUAACGCUACAGGCGUUCUCAGCGCCACUGUGAUCCAAUUCACCCUCGCGGCCGGGCAGAACCACACCUUUCGCGUGACGGCCGCGCCACCGCCCACCGCCAUCGACACCAGGCGACUGCUGCUCUGGUCCGGCUUCCUGUCCGUCCGCGGCAACGACUCGUCCACCGUGUCGAUACCGUACCAGGGCCUGGCCGGGUCCCUUCGAAACGCGACGACGCUGCCGGCUGGCGGCACCGCCGUGGCGCGCUCGACCGACCCGGACCGCAAACCCGUCGCCGCCAACACCCAGUUCGUGUUCCCCAAGGACGGCGCGGCCGCCUCCAGCGACGACUUGGCGCGGAUCGUGGUCCUCCUCGCGCUGGGCACCAAGAAGAUGACGGCCGAGAUUGUCGCGGAUCCGUCGGGCGACGUGGUGGGCACGUUGGCGGGGGGGGAGUAUUCCAUGGUCACGCGCGGCGAUGGCUUUGGCUUCGAUUGGGACGGCCAGCUGGCCAACGGUUCCUAUGCCGGCGCAGGCACGUACAAGGUGCGCGUCAAAGCGCUCCGGAUCUUUGGAGAUGAGGCGAAUGCGCAUGACUGGGACAGCAGCACCACAGUGCCCAUCCAGAUUUCUUACAAGCAGUGA